AUGGAGAGAGGAACUAGACUAGAGCUACACAGUGAGGAUUGCCAGACUGCUGUUGUGAGUCAUUCUCCCUCUCCAUCUGUUUGUCCUUGACCCGAGUUAGUCCUCUUGUUUAGUGCAGUAGCACCAGUGGAUUCUCUUGUUAUAGGUCUGUCUGUUUCUCUGCCUGUCUCAAGGUCUGUCUCUCUGUUUCUCUGCCUCUUGGUCUCUCUCUCUCUCUCUCGCUGUCUCUCUCAUACUCACUUGUAAUUGACAGAUGUGAUUUUGCACUCUUUACUGACAGAUACACAAAAUAUUAUAGUGCCGUCCGUACCCCUUUGACCCAGUCACAUCCUGUUGUAGGACAAAUAACUGUUGAACUGACUUUACUUUUGAUGAAAAGUCCCUGAAACUCGACCAAGAAUACCAUUGUGAGUCCAAGUCAUUAGGUUCGGAAAGCAGCAAAGAACAAAUGCAGGGCUGUACAAACACAAAAAAUAAUGUUCUGAAGAUUUGAUCAAACCAAACCAUUUUUUUAACAGCAGUUUUUCUAACGUCAUGUUGUAGCGCUCGGGUGACACUGUUUAUUAUUGUCUUCUAGCUGUUAUCUUGAUCAUCUCUAUUACCACCAAUGGUGUGUCAGCAGCAAAGCCAAGAUGGUAGAUUUGUAGAUUUUGUUUGUUUGAGGAAAAACAUUCCUAUGAUGUGAUGUGAAUUUGAUUCCCCAGUGUCCUCACCCAAUGUGUCUGCAUUUCCUUUCAAUAUCUGCCAACAUCAAUGUACAGUACAUCCCUUGGAAAAUAAUGUAACAAUAUUUUCUCUUCUCAUUCAGGUAAAGUGGUCCGACUCCUCAUCCAGCAAUGUCACGAAAACACAUCUUGAACUGGAAAGCUUCUUGUUGAAGGUAUAAAUCACUAACUUGUGUUUUAGAAAUCCAAUAAAGCUAUGAUCAACAUUGCAAUCUGUACUGUUAGCUAUCCCUAUUCACAUCCCAAAUUGACUGAGUUGAAAUGGAAUUGACCCCAAGUUCCCUGCAUAGCAUCGAUUGGAUUUUCACCCACUCACUUAUAAUGAGCAGGGAUAAUGAAUUAGUUACUUAAUUUAGUUACUUAGUUAAUUGAAUAAUUAAUUUACUUAAUUAACUCUUAAUGAACUCUCACUCUUGUUUUGAAGGUAUUUGUUUGAAUGGUACUGUACCUGACUUGUUAAACCUUAACUCACUUGUCCUCCCCCUGUCAAGCAGCUUCCGAAGGAGCAGUCUACCGAGUCGUUUGAAAAGGGCAUCCUCCAGCUACUCAACCAGGGAGACCAGUACGAGAUCAGGGAAGUGGAGGGGAACCUCAAGUGAGUUCUGCUUACCUACCUGCCUGCCUGUCUUGCUUUGUGUUGUUUUGGGGGGGUUUUGCUUUUCACCAUCGUUAGAUUGAAGGCUACAUUUCAUGUCAGCACUCAAAGAAAAGUGUGCCAACUACUAGUAGGUACGCCAGGUUGUCCCGAUUUCUGCAUGACAGACGACUCAGAUUGUGAAUUAAAACCGGUGUUGAGGUAGUGGAGCCCUACACUAAUGCACCAGAAGUGCAAUAUCAGUACUCACAAGUAACAGGCUUGUGGUCCUCUGUAUCUCAGUUGGUAGAGCAUGGUGCUUGCAACGCCAGGAUAGUGGGAUCAAUUCCUGGGAUCACCCAUACGUAAACAAUGUAUGCACGCUUGAUUGUAAGUCACUUGGGAUAAAAGCGUCUGCUAAAUUGCAAAGAAUAUAGAAUAGUGUGUGCUGUAGCUGCUGCAGUGAGACCAUAUAGUCAGCCUAGGCUAUGCCUACACCCAAGGGAUUCUACUUGGCAAUUUCUCGUCCGUUUCUUUGAACCAUUUGUCAGUUUCUCAUUGGUGAAGUCUCCCACAGUCUCCAAGGAGAGUGUCUCAAUUGUUCCCUCUCACUGAUGUUGAUCUAAUUAGACUUUUAUCCCCUCCGCUCUUCUGUAACAACAUGACUGCAUGAAUACUUGAACAAAAUGUCCUCCUCUGUGUUCUCAAAGGAAUGCAAACAGAUUAGUGCCCUUUAGAUUUUUUUUGGGACCAAAACCCUUAGCAAUAAGCAGACUGGCUUACAGUAUCCACUGACUGACUGUUUCCGUGUGUGUGUGCGUGUUUGUUAGAGACAUGUGUAUGUGUGUACAUGACACACCAUCUCGGUUACUUGUUGUGAGGACAACAAUGCCCCCUCCUGGAAACCACUUCUAGUAAGUUUCGUUUUUCUGGAAAAUGAAAGCUUAGAGGGCCAUUAACUCAACUGAUAGAUAACAAUGAACAAACAACACACAAAUUUGAAGCAUUUAUCCUUUGCAAUGUAAGCCUAUUCAAGAGUAAUUUGAUGUGUAGGACCUAGGUGAUGAUUGGAUUAAAUAAUUGUCAGUGUAUGUUGGCCUGGUCAUUUAAGCGUUGACACACACACACACACACACACACACAGGUUCAGGUUUGGUUUCAUAUCCAAAGGGCAGGGCCACUUUUCGUCAGUCAGCUGGGUAAGGCCAUUGUUCGUUCCAGAUCAUCCAGUCACACCCCUUGUGUCUAAUAUCUGACCACAUUACUGUAACCUGACAACACAGCCACGCUACAGAUGAAACAGGCCUACUAUGCCAUAGAAUUACACAUGGAUCCAUAAUUCUAAAAACAUAUUGGGUUACAUGAUCUCUAUCUACUUGGCCCACUCUCAGGCGCUAACAAACAGUGGAAUUAAUUCAGCAGUUCUUUCAUCAAAUGUCCUUAUUGAACUGAUAUUGCAAAGUGAAUGGAAUUUGUACUCUGAUGCGUUUCCACUUGAAAGCAGAUAGAAAUGAGACUAUUUCCGUUUGACAUUUGGGAUCCCGCUGUGUUGUGACGGCACGGAUCUCACAAUCUGGCUGGCAAUAUUACCUUCAGAGAAGUUGCGUAGCAACAAGCUAUAUGCCUAAGUUAUGAGGUAAACUGAGGAGCGGAUCCUGAGGAAUGGAAUAGAUCCUGUUGAAAAGAGGCCAUAUUCAUAAAGUCUCAGAGUAGGAGUGCUGAUCUAGGAUCAGAUCCUCCCUGUCCAUAUAAUCUUAUUAUGAUCUAAAAGGCUAAACUGAUCCUAGAUCAACACUUUAUGAGUACGGGCCCAGCGCUUCGUGUUAAAGUAGAACUCCAUCCAGCUUUAAAAUGUGGGUCAACACUGACAGUACAGUCAAGUUAUUACUAGUCGACACAUCAGAUUCCUCCAGUGUAUUGGUUCAACGUUUUACCCCACACAGUGAGUUCAGCUUUGGGCCUUGGCUAACUUGUAAUUUUAUAUUUUUCACCCCUUUACAAAGGUCUCUUUUUCAAAGAAGUAAAAUUACAAAAAUCUUUUUUUUCUCUCUUGCCAGGGAGAAGUUUCUGUCGGCUCCACAAGCUUUCCGACAGACAAGCAAGGUCUGUGGCUUCUUCCGGUGUGAGUCCUCCUCCUCCAGCCCCAGCUGCAGCAGAUGUAAGAAGUCUGUGUGUGUGCGUGUGUGUGUGUGUUUGUGUGUGCGUGUGUGCGUGUGUCAGGACAUUUGACCGGCAGCAUUUUCAUUUACUGGACAUUUUAAGAAAUUUACCGGACCCAUAUGCAUUGGAUGCGUAACCUGAUUAGGGCGUCCACCCACGGUGCUCAGAAUGACAGAAAUCACAUUUCGUUUAUGGUAAUUCAUCUUAACAGAACAUGCAGCUCGAGGAUGCAACGGCGUGCGUCCAUCUUACCAAAUGAUGCGCGAUUUGAAGAUGUUAGAAUAACUGUCCAUAUUUACUUUUCCUCAGCCAGCAAGAUGAGUAACGAACAGCAAAAUCACUAGCUUAUGUCAAUCUACUAUCCCCCAUAGUACAAAAGUCGACCUAUUCUAUUGGUCAGCUUGUCGUUCUGUGCGAGAAAUAAAUAUCCUAUUCCGAACAAAGCAAAUGAGGCUCAUGCAACAGAUCAGAACGUUUAGCUUAAAAUGUUGAUAAAAUAUUAUUUCUUCACAUUAUAAGCGCAGAAAUGUGCACGAGGCAGUAGGCUAAGCGCGAAUGCUCGUUCCAUAAUGCGGGGAAACACCUUUGUCAAAAGCGCACCGCACAUGCGAGAUUAAUGUAUCCAUUAGAAAUUUUGAAAUAGGGGAGAUCUAAAGAUGCAACAACUAGCAUGGGUUGCUUAUAUGACUAGGAUUGUGCCUUUGGCUACUGGACAAUGAAAGAGUUGAUUUGAAAAGCAGUAGCACAUGCUAGAAAUAGGCUACUGGUUUCAAUGGUAUAUAAUAUUUAUAAAAUAUUUGCAUGCACGUUUGGUUGGAUUUUGGCUGGGCUACUUUGACAUGCCUCAUAUGUAGUAAAACAGGUUUCAACCAAUUAAGUAUUUGUUUUCUAAAUGCAUACUGCCUGCAGCUCAUUGCGAAGUGGUGUGUGAUGUUCUGAAGCCUGUCUAGUUGCCUAUGCACUUGAAUGGCGAAUGGGAAGCGCGCUUCAAUUACCAGUUGAGAAAUAAAAAUGGCAAUUUUUUAUCGUGGCCAUUGUUUUUAACACGUGAUUGCAUUUAGAAUUGUUGCGCAAUGAUUGGGCUACAUCAACUAGUAUUUCAAUCAACUAAUAGGCUAAAAUGCAUUUUCUCAAGGGGAUUGGCUAGCGUCAAUUGUAUUUAUCGGAUGUUCAUUUUUUGGGGGGGACAAAAGCCGGCUAUUACCAGCUAACGGAAAUCCGUGUGUGUGUGCGUGCAAGCAAGCAAGCAACUGUGUGUGUGUGUGAUGCGUCUGUGUAGCCGAGCCAGACAACUCUUCCAUUUAUACAUACAGUACCAGUCAAAGGUUUGGACACACCUACUCAUUCAAGGGUUUUUCUUUAUUUUUAGUAUUUUCUACAUUGUAGAAUGAUAGUGAAGACAUCAGAACUAUGAAAUAACACAUAUGGAAUCAUUUAGUAACCCAAAAAGUGUUAAACAAAUCAAAAUAUAUUUUAGAUUCUUCAAAGUAGCCACCCUUUGCCUUUUUACAGCCCUCUAACCAAUUGUACUAUUAUGUGUGUUUUUUCGCGUUAUUUGUAAUUUAUUCUGUACAUAAUGUUUCUGCCAUCGUCUCUUAUAACCAAAAAGAGCUUCUGGAUAUCAGGACAGCGAUUACUCACCUCGUAUUGGACAAAGAUUUUUUUCUUCAACGAGUCGGACGCGAAGGAUAUCCUACUGAAACCUGACAAGGCCCAAAUCCCCGUCAUUCGCAGGAGAAAGAGACGGAGAUAUCGUGGACGUAGGUCGGGGUGUCUUGUAAGGAUCCGACGGCGAGCGAGUAAACUGCCUCUUCCAUCAAUCCUAUUAGCCAAUGUUCAAUCAUUUAAAAAUAAAUUAGAUUACCUAAAAUUACGGUUAUCCUACCAACGGGACAUUAAAAACUGUAAUAUCUUAUGUUUCACCGAGUCGUGGCUGAACGACGACAUGGACAACAUACAGCUGACGGGAUAUACGCUACAUCGGCAGGAUAGAACGGCUGACUCCGGUAAGACAAGGGGUGGCGGUCUGUGUAUAUUUGUAAACAACAGCUGGUGCACAAAAGGAAGUCUCGAGGUUUUGCUCGCCUGAGGUAGAGUAUCUUAUGAUAAGCUGUAGACCACACUAUUUACCAAGAGAGUUUUCAUCUAUAUUUUUCAUAGCUGUCUAUUUACCACCACAAACCAAUGCUGGCAUUAAGAUUGCACUCAAUGAGCUGUAUAGGGCCAUAACUAAACGGGAGAACGCUCAUCCAGAGGCAGCGCUCCUAGUGGCCGGGGACUUUAAUGCAGGGAAACUUAAAUCCGUUCUACCUCAUUUCUACCAGCAUGGUAAAUGUGCAACCAGAGGAAAAUAAACUCUAGACCACCUUUACUCCACACACAGAGACGCAUACAAAGCUCGCCCUCCAUUUGGCAAAUCUGACCAUAACUCUAUCCUCCUGAUUCCUGAUUAUAAGCAAAAACUAAAGCAGGAAACACCAGUGACUCUGUUAAUAAAAAAGUGGUCAGAUGACACAGAUGCUAAGCUACAGGACUGUUUUGCUAGCACAGACUGGAACAUGUUCCGGGAUUCUUCAGAUAGCAUUGAGGAGUACACCACAUCAGUCACUGGCUUCAUCAAUAAGUGCAUCGAUGACGUCCUCCCCACAGUGACCGUACGUACAUACCCCAACCAGAAGCCAUGGAUUACAGGCAACAUCCGCACUAGCUAAAGGGUAGAGCUGCCGCUUUCAAGGAGCGGGACUCUAACCCGGACGCUUAUAAGAAAUCCUGCUAUGCCCUCCGACGAACCAUCAAACAGGCAAAGAGUCAAUACAGGACUAAGAUUUAAUCGUACUACACCGGCUCUGACGCUCGUCGGAUGUGGCAGGGCUUGAAAACUAUUAGACUACAAAGAGAAGCACAGCCGCGAGCUGCUCAGUGACACAAGCCUACCAGACGAGCUAAACCACUUCUAUUACAUUUUAGUCAUUUAGCAGACGCUCUUAUCCAGAGCGACUUACAGUUAGUGAGUGCAUUAAUUUUUUCAUACUGGCCCCCCAUGGAAAUCGAACCCACAACCCUGGCGUUGCAAGCGCCAUGCUCUGCCAACUGAGCUUCGAGGCAAGCAACACUGAAGCAUGCAUGAGAGCACCAGCUGUUCCGGAUGGCUAUGUGAUCUCACAUCGGCUACGGAGAGCGUGUAAGACUUUUAAGCAGGUCAACAUUCACAAGGCCGCAGGGCCAGACGGAUUACCAGGACGUGUACUCCGAACAUGUGCUGACUAACUGGCAAAUGUCUUCACUGACAUUUUCAACAUGUCCCUGACUGAGUCUGUAAUACCAACAUGUUUCAAGCAGACCACCAUAGUCCCCGUGCCCAAGGACACUAAGAUAACCUGCCUAAAUGACUACCGACCCGUAGCACUGACGUCUGUAGCCAUGAAGUGCUUUGAAAGGCUGGUCAUGGCUCACAUCAACACCAUUAUCCCAGAAACCCUAGACCCACUCCAAUUUGCAUACCGCCCCAACAGAUCCACAGAUGAUGCAAUCUCAAUUGCACUCCACACUGCUCUUUCCCACCUGGACAAGAGGAAUACCUACGUGAGAAUGCUAUUCAUUGACUACAGCUCAGCGUUCAACACCAUAGUGUCCUCAAAGCUCAUCACUAAGCUAAGGAUCCUGGGACUAAACACCUCCCUCUGCAACUGGAUCCUGGACUUCCUGACGGGCCGCCCCCAGGUGGUAAGGGUAGGUAACAACACAUCUGUCACGCUGAUCCUCAACACGGGGGCCCCUCAGGGGUGCGUGCUCAGUCCCCUCCUGUACUACCUGUUUACCCAUGACUGCAUGGCCAGGCACGACUCCAACACCAUCAUUAAGUUUGCCAACGACACAACAGUGGUAGGCCUGAUCGCCAACAACGAUGAGACAGCCUAUAGGGAGGAGGUCAGAGACCUGGCCGUGUGGUGUCAGGAUAACAACCUUUCCCUCAACGUGACCAAGACAAAGGAGAUGAUUGUGGACUACAGGAAAAAAAAGAGGACUGAGCACGCCCCCAUUCUCAUCGACGGGGCUGUAGUGGAACAGGUUGAGAGCUUCAAGUUCCUUGGUGUCCACAUCACCAACAAACUAUCAUGGUCCAAACACACCAAGACAGUCGUGAAGAGGGCACGACAAAGCCUAUUCCCCCUCAGGAGAUUGAAAAGAUUUGGCAUUUGUCCUCAGAUCAUCAAAAAGUUCUACAGCUGCACCAUCGAGAGCAUCCUGACUGGUUGCAUCACCGCCUGGUAUGGCAACUGCUUGGCCUCCGACCGCAAGGCACUACAGAGGGUAGUGCGUACGGCCCAGUACAUCACUGGGGCCAAGCUUCCUGCCAUCCAGGACCUCUAUACCAGGCGGUGUCAGAGGAAGGCCCUCAACAUUUUCAAAGACUCCAGCCACCCUAGUCAUAGACUGUUCUCUCUGCUACCGUACGGCAAGCGGUACCGGAGCGCCAAGUCUAGGUCCAAAAGGCUUCUCAACAGCUAAUUGUGGCUACCCGGACUACUUGCACUACCCCCCCCCCACCCAAUCUUUUUACGCUACUGCUACUCUGUUAAUUAUUUAUGCAUAGUCACUUUAACUCUCCCCACAUGUACAUAUUACCUCAACUAGCCGGUGCCCCCGCACAUUGACUCUGCAACUGUACCCCCCUGUAUAUAGCCUCCCUACUGUUAUUUUAUUUGACUUCUGCUCUUUUUUUCUCAACACUUUUUUGUUGUUGUUUUAUUUUACUUUUUUAUAACAAAUAAAUAAAUGCAUUGUUGGUUAAGGGCUGUAAGUAAGCAUUUUACGGUAAUGUCUACACCUGUUGUAUUGUAUACAAGAGCAUUCGUGAGGUCAGGCACUGUUGGGCGAUUAAGCCUGGCUCGCAGUCGGCGUUCCAAUUAAUCUCAAAUGUGUUCGAUGGGGUUGAGGUCAGGGCUCUGUGCAGGCCAGUCAAGUUCUUCCACACUGAUCUCGACAAACCAUUUCUGUAUGGACUUCAGUUUGUGCACGGGGGCAUUGUCAUGCUGAAACAGGAAAGGGCCUUCCCCAAACUGUUGGAAGCACAGAAUCGUCUAGAAUGUCAUUGUAUGCUGUAGCGUUAAGAUUUCCCUUCACUGGAACUAAGGGGCCUAGCCGGAACCAUGAAAAACAGCCCCAGACAUUAUUCCUCCUCCACUAAACUUUAAAGUUGGCACUAUGCAUUGGGGCAGGUAGCGUUCUCCUGGCAUCCGCCAAACCCAGAUUAGUCCGUCCGGACUGCCAGAUGGUGAAGCGUGAUUCAUCAUUCCAGAGAACGCGUGGGGGGUUCUGAGGAGUAUUUCUGUCUGUAAGAAAGCCCUUUUGUGUGGAAAAACUCAUUCUGAUUGGCUGGGCCUGGCUCCCCAGUGGGUGGGCUUGUCUGCCAAGUGGGUGGGCCUCUUGUUGCUGCAAUAGCUUAUCUACCUAUCAUCUCAUCUGGUAGUGUCUGUCUGGAGUGCAUCAAAUUGAUGUAGCUAAAGAAGAUAGCUAGCUACACUAGCCAAGUUAAUUCCAUUAUUGUAAUUCCAUUUGGCAUUUAUUAGGAAUCUCCCACUUCAUUUGCCAAACAUGGCGCCUCUGACAUACAGUGGGGAGAACAAGUAUUUGAUACACUGCCGAUUUUGCAGGUUUUCCUACUUACAAAGCAUGUAGAGGUCUGUAAUUUUAUAAUAGGUACACUUCAACUGUGAGAGACGGAAUCUAAAACAAAAAUCCAGAAAAUCACAUUGUAUGAUUUUUAAGUAAUUAUUUUGCAUUUUAUUGCAUGACAUAAGUAUUUGAUCACCUACCAACCAGUAAGAAUUACGGCUCUCACAGACCUGUUAGUUUUUCUUUAAGAAGCCCUCCUGUACUCCACUCAUUACCUGUAUUAACUGCACCUGUUUGAACUCGUUACCUGUAUAAAAGACACCUAUCCACACACUCAAUCAAACAGACUCCAACCUCUCCACAACGGCCAAGACCAGAGAGCUGUGUAAGGACAUCAGGGAUAAAAUUGUAGACCUGCACAAGGCUGGGAUGGGCUACAGGACAAUAGGCAAGCAGCUUGGUGAGAAGGCAACAACUGUUGGCGCAAUUAUUAGAAAAUGGAAGAAGUUCAAGAUGACGGUCAAUCACCCUCGGUCUGGGGCUCCAUGCAAGAUCUCACCUCGUGGGGCAUCAAUGAUCAUGAGGAAGGUGAGGGAUCAGCCCAGAACUACACGGCAGGACCUGGUCAAUGACCUGAAGAGAGCUGGGACCACAGUCUCAAAGAAAACCAUUAGUAACACACUACGCCGUCAUGGAUUAAAAUCCUGCAGCGCACGCAAGGUCCCCCUGCUCAAGCCAGCGCAUGUCCAGGCCCGUCUGAAGUUUGCCAAUGACCAUCUGGAUGAUCCAGAGGAGGAAUGGGAGAAGGUCAUGUGGUCUGAUGAGACAAAAAUAGAGCCUUUUUGGUCUAAACUCCACUCGCCGUGUUUGGAGGAAGAAGGAUGAGUACAACCCCAAGAACACCAUCCCAACUGUGAUGCAUGAAGGUGGAAACAUCAUUCUUUGGGGAUGCUUUUCUGCAAAGGGGACAGGACGACUGCAUCGUAUUGAGGGGAGGAUGGAUGGGGCCAUGUAUCGCCAGAUCUUGGCCAACAACCUCCUUCCCUCAGUAAGAGCAUUGAAGAUGGGUCGUGGCUGGGUCUUCCAGCAUGACAACGACCCGAAACACACAGCCAGGGCAACUAAGGAGUGGCUCCGUAAGAAGCAUCUCAAGGUCCUGGAGUGGCCUAGCCAGUCUCCAGACCUGAACCCAAUAGAAAAUCUUUGGAGGGAGCUGAAAGUCCGUAUUGCCCAGCGACAGCCCUGAAACCUGAAGGAUCUGGAGAAGGUCUGUAUGGAGGAGUGGGCCAAAUUCCCUGCUGCAGUGUGUGCAAACUGGUCAAGACCUACAGGAAACGUAUGAUCUCUUUAAUUGCAAACAAAGGUUUCUGUACCAAAUAUUAAGUUCUGCUUUUGUGAUGUAUCAAAUACUUAUGUCAUGCAAUAAAAUGCAAAUUAAUUACUUAAAAAUCAUACAAUGUGGAUUUUUGUUUUAGAUUCCGUCUCUCACAGUUGAAGUGUACCUAUGAUAAAAAUUACAGACCUUACAUGCUUUAUAAGUAGGAAAACCUGCAAAAUCGGCAGUGUAUCAAAUACUUGUUCUCCCCACUGUAGGUGCUGCUUAGAUUGAUUGAUUGACAAUAACAAUCAGUGUUUCCCCUACAUGUGUGGCCACCACAAAAAAAAUAAGUUUGGGGCUUGUUGAAGAAAACAAAAUGGGAUGGUAAAAUGUUUUCAGUGUAAACUUAAAUGACUAAAACCAGAUAUAAAGUAUGUAGAAAAGAUAAUGGAGCAAUACAUUCUUUGAGAACUAACUAUCACCUAAAUAAAAAUAAGACAGUCAGGGAGAAUCUAAAAUUCAAAGAAUGGCAUUGAUUUUGUUAUAAUGUUUGAGUCACUCAGGUAGCAUAAGCCAUGGCAAAAUGUGUAGAAUUGCAGGAAAUGAGCUUUAAAACUGAAAAUGUGUCUACGGCCAAGAGGAUGACCUAUAAAACCCUGCCAUUGGCCACGCCCACUACCACGCCCCCACCACUAUCUUUGCCACUGCUGCUGAAAUAAAUCAUAGGGGAAACACUGCAAGUGACACAGUGAAAAUUGUGUAGGCUACCUGUAUGUAUUUUUUAUGGGGCGCACUCAUAAAAACAGUCAUAAAACUGUUGUUUUAUUAACAUUUGUAAUGUCAUGGUCUAUCCUUGUAUUUAGCUAAUUUUAGGUAAAACCUUUUAAAUUAGGCCUAUUUGUUUUUUUUAUUAAUGCUCUCGUAAGUAAUCGGAUACUAACAUCCGUUCGGAUAUUCAAAUAAACAUGCCCAUCUCUAACUUUGAGUCAAAGUAGCGAUAUAAUAUCAUCCAGAAUAAUGUUGUGAUAUGUAACUGUAUACAUUUUUCCGCCAUCACUAGCGUGAAUCCUCCACCGCAGCAGCAGCCCCAACCCCCUCACCUAAAAUCACAUGAUCAUAAGGCAUGCAAAUGACAUACAGUACCAUCCAUGGCCAUGUCAUCAUGCUUCUAACUCAUGUCAUGGAUCACGAUACAUCAUGGUACAUUAGCCAUCCGCCAAAAGCUCAGCUCAUCCAUGCGUUGCUCCAUCCCUCUCUCCAUGGCUGUGGCUGGGCAGCAGGUUGAUGAAUAGGACCCCCAGGCAGCUGUCCAGGGAGAAGCGCUGCCGGAAGGAUCCUACAUCAUCCAAAAUCAACAGACUGGGGCUGCUAUGGAGUGGAGGGGGUUUGAGAAGGCCCUGUGGACACAGAGCAGGAGGAGGACGUGUGUGUUUUAAUAAUAAGUGCAAGUGUGUACGUGCAUACUCUUAUCAUACCAUGUGUAUGCAUGAACGUAUACAAACAUACACUGUAUGCCUUGAGGUGGGCUCUAGGCUUAGUGUGUACGUGCGUGAAUCACCCACAGCUCCCUAGCCUUCCCCCAGAGCAGAGCUGCUGUGCGUUGACACCCAGGUGAGGUGAGCGGUGCAGGCAGCACGAUGCCCUGGCAGGCCCACCAACAGGACAUACUGUUCAGAAGUGGGCCACGUCACCAUAGAUGUGUCCCAAAUGGCACCCUAUUCCCUAUAUAGUGUGCUACUUUUGAGCAGGGCUCUGGUUAAAGGUAGUGCACUAUAUAGGGAAUAGAGUGCCACUUUGGAAGCAACCCAUAACUCAGCCUCAGGACUACUGUACUGGCACUACAGAGGACUACCACUGACUCUCAACGCAAUGGCUAGCAAUCCACCUAUUUUUACCCAUCCUCUCUCUGGGCCCCACUCUAUGGAUUCAUCUCAAAUGGCACCCUAUUCCCCUAUGUAGUGUACUACUUUGGACCAGGGUAGUGCUUUGUAUGGGGAAUAGGCUGCCAUUUGUGACUCUGUAUUUGUCAUAUUCUCAGUUGGAGGAAAUCAGUGAAAUUGAGCAACCCUAUUCUUGUCAUAACAGGAAGCAUUAGAUCAGAGGAGGCACUCAAAGCUUUUAAUGUGGCUCAGUUCGACACAAAAUGAAUGAAAGUUGUUAAAUAUUUUCCCCUUUUGGUUAAUCCUGUAAAUGUCAGUCCCUUUACCCCUCUCCGACCUUCUGUAUUCCCUCCGCUUAUAAACCCUGCUGUUUUUGGAACGUCCUUUGAGCUGCCGAAUCAUUAACAGUGCUGUUAAAAUGGAUUCGGAGCAAAUGUUCCACAACCUAAAUUAAAUGUCCUUCCAUUUCGUACCCUCAGAGCAGGAUAGAGGGGAAACAAGCAGGGAGAAUUUGAUUUGUGCUAACAAACACCUCAGUGACUCCUGGAGAUUUUAUUAGAGGGAGAAGUAGCAGAGGGUCACAGUCAGUCUCUCCAGCUAGCGCCAGAUUGAUGGAUGAAGGAAGAGAGAGGAAAGGAGAUAUGGAGGGAGUUUAGAGGUGUUGAUAGGCCAUUGGCCAUCAGUACCAGUUACUGUCAAUUUAAAGGUGUGAAUGAUUUAGGCCUUAGAGAGCUUGGCCUCAUAAUGCAUUAUACAGUUUGCUUAAAGUGAAGUGUUGCCUAGAUGUCUUAGUGAUUUACUGCAAUGGAAUUACUGUUUAUGAAGGAUAGGAUGUGAAUGAUUAUGCAUCAUGUAGCUGCAUGGGAAACAAGCAUCUCCCCAUACUUCCCCUUUAAUAUCAAAGACAUCAGACUGACUUGUCAAAACUGCUUUCUUGCCAAUACCUACACUCCCUACUGUGUCUCCUACUGAAGCCAUCUGGUAUCAGAGGCUGCGUCCCAAAUGACACCCUUUUCCCUAUGGGCUCUGGUCAAAAGUAGUGCCCUAUAUAGGGAAUAGGGUUACCCUGCCCUACCUGAGAGACCAGUGGUGGGUGACAGCAGAGGGCUGACAACCUAGGUGGGAGAGGCGGGUGUCGGGGACCCGAUCGAGUGUCUGUGUCGCCGCAGAGUGAUCCACACACGGGCUGAGUGAUCAACAAGGUCCAGAUGGUAAAGAAGAGAAGGAGAGGGUGACACAAAUCGCACAGAGAGAGACCGCUCAGAUCAGGUGCUCCAUGAUUAACUGCAGAGUUUCCCCUAGCUCGACUUCCCCUACUUGUGAUGGCGGGCCACCUGACUAGGUUGUCUAAAAGACUGACUUGAUGUGUCAUUAUACUUGUUCACAUUAAACUAAUAGCAGUUUCACACUGGGUAAGUCAUAACAUUUUUAUUAUAAUGGAAUUAGACUGAGUGUGUGUGUGUGUGUUUCUCUCCAGUUAACCCCGUGGCCCUGGGGAAGCCAUACAAAGAGGACUGCUCAGAGGCAUCCAGCCAGGAGGAAGGUGUGUGUGAGUACCCCCCAUCCCUAACCUGCUUCACCCCACAACCCUGUUCAUCCUACUCAUUCCAACAUGGUUAACCCCCUAACAUCAUUGGGCUCCAUCGCACCCUAACCCAGGUCACCCUGAAGCCCACUCCCCUCAUCCCAACCCUGUUUAGUCCCCAGUUCAGAGGCGGAAUCUAGAAGAAGUAUAUUCUGGGAGACUGAGAAGUUUUGACAGUUAACCUUAGUAAAACCUUAACUGGUGGGAAGAGAAGUGAGAGUUGUUGAUUUGAUGAAGGGUUGUUACAGAUACAUUUAGCCUAGACUAUUCCUCGCAGGGGUUUGCCUAAACUCCAAUGAAAAAGCCUAUGUUAAGUCACGUAGCUCGCCAGCUAACCAUGUGUGAACCAGAAAUAUAGGGCACUUAUACUCUGUCACAUUUCUGUUUUAGGUGUCUUUUAAUUUAGUUUCCACUGAGCAGGGGGAGGGGAAGGGAGGAAUGCACAGGAUUCUUUCUCUGGCUCGGCAGGGCAGGAGAGGAAGUCCUGUACUCCAGGACUAACAAGUAGCGCUAUGUCGCUAACUUCUGUUUAUUUUGGGCGGGCGCUCGGAAAGCCUGGGCUCUCUUUCUCACUCUCUCUCUGACUAUCUCUCUCUCUCUUUCUCUCUCCCUCUCUUACUCUCUGUCUUUGUCUCUUCCCUCCCUUGCAUUUCGAGGCUAUAUUUUGCACGUCGUCCGUGCUCUCGGCUCACAGGCUAAUCACAGGCCACAGUGCUGUGAUAUUCAGAUGUGCAGCAUAUACUCUCACUGAAGGCUUAGCUAAACCAAUUAAUGUCUUAUUAGUAUAAUAACUUAUGUCAUAAUGCAUUACAACGUUCCUCACUGAGGACAGCACAGAAAAGCCUGUUGCUACUGACUGAUAAGGAUGGAAAUGAGUUUUGAUGUGAACUGAAAUGUUGAUUUAAAGCGUAUUGUUCCUGUCAACUAAAAAAGAUGAAUGAAUAAAUAAUGUCUCUACCCUUCAGAUUUGGAGCCGUACGUUCAGGGGCACCGGAAGACACAUGGCAGCAAGAGCUCCAGCCUUAAGUAAGCCCCCUAUUGACUUAAUAUAACAGACGUCACGCUGCUUGCUUAACGAGUACCGCUUUCCUCACUCGGCUCAUACCGAGGCUCGAACCCAAGACCUCCGCCUUGCAAACACACGUGACUGCCCUCCUGAAGCGUCUUACCAGUCGCGCUACCGACAAGCUUUCGGCAGUGCAAGUGGGGACACUUCAGGCUGAGGAGUGAGUUUCACACAUCCCCAUGUGCUACAUUAACACCGUAGUAGGUAGAAGUUGCUCCUAACCACUGGUCAAGUGGUCAUAUGUCUAUCUCCCCACCUAAUGAAUAUGGUUUGGAAUGAGGGUAGAGUAACCUAAUCCUAGAUCUGUGGUUAGGAGUGACUCCUCCUUCAAGUGAGUACUCCCUACCACCACAGUGCAGAUCUACACAAGUGCCCAUAGUUUUGUUUCUGAUGAAAGACAUGAAAAUGAUUCUCAUUCCGCCUCUCCUUUUCCCAGCAUUCCCAAUGCCAAAAGUUCCCAGGGUGAGAGCGGUCGGCGGGGACCCCACGGCUCUGAGCACAACGGCCUGCCAGACUGGAGGAGGAAGAGCUGCACACUCAAACCCAACCAGGACGCCUCUGGGGGGCUGGGCCCAGAGCAGGUGAGACAGAAAACAAGGCUACAUCCCAAAUGGCACCCUAUUCCCUUUAUAGUGCACUACUUUUGACCAGGGCCACAGUGCACUAUAUAAGGAAUAGGGUGCCAUUUGUGACGCAUCCCAACUCACACAAAAAAACUAUGAAUUUACAGUUAACGCUAAGCAAUUGAGGCAUUGUUAUUCAGAUAGUUUUGUAUCAUUGUGUACAAUGUAUGAACAUACAGUACAUUCUGAUUGGUUGUUUUUGUUGUUGACUUUGAAAAUGGCCCCUCAGGAACAUUGACAGACAACCCUGGGUUACACAGACUAAGGAGUUCAUUUAGACCAGGCAGACAUGUUACAUUUUAAGAUGGCUGACACAUUGCUCCACUACUUCUCCACUUUAGCCUGUGGUGUCAGUGACCAAAUUAGGGCUGAUGCUCCGUAUAAACAACAUAAGCGUGUGUGAGAGCAUCUUUGCGUGUGUAAAUGUGUAUCACAUUCAACUCUUCAGCCACCACAACCAUGUGACAGGGGCCAGUGGACUAUUCUCUUGGCUUAGUGACAUCAAUCAAGAGUAUGUUUGCAAUCAACUGAACCAGCACAUUCUUCCCACAGCGCUUCUCAAAGGAACCUAUACAAUGGGGGCUUGUCCAUUCAGGAAUCAUUACACACAGGGCCCCAAUGAGUAAAAAAAACCUUCCCCUUCACAGAGUUAUUGACAUAAACUAGUAUAGAUCGGAUUACGUUGCUCACUGCGCAAGCAUGGAUGUUUUUCAUUGAAUGGCGCACGUUACAUUCUCUCUAUAGGGAGAAUGCCUGGCCGCAUACUGAUUUAUGCUCCCAAAAAGUUUUGUUUUGUCAAAACGUUUUUACUACCUAUGUGGGAUGAAGUUUCCCUCUAUCCAGAACCGUAGGCCACAAUCUCACAGUGGCAUCAAGAAUCACAUUGAUUAUUUCUAACAUCUUAUGUCAAUAUACCUCUGUGUGUGUGUGUGUGUGUGUGUUUGUGUUUAACUAUACUUGUGGGGACCAGAAGUCCCACAAGAAUAGUAAACAAACACAAAUUUGACCAACUGGGGACAUUUUGUUAGUCCCCAGAAGGUCAAAUGCUAUUUCUAGGGGAUUUCGGGUUAAGGUUAGAAGUAGGGUUAGGAGCUAGGGUUAGGGUAUAGUAUUUUGUGUGUCCUCACAAGGUUAGUUAUACAAGAGUGUGUGUGUGCUCCAAGGUCACAGCCCUCAGCAGCAGUAAUAACAUGUCUAGCUCAGCAGCAAUAGGAUUGCUAUCAGCGUUAGCCAGGAUGAAGCGAUGUGCCCUUUGACCCCCCCCCCCCCCCCACUAUAGCUCUGGGUCAGAGUCCAGCACCGCCUCAUUCAUGUGGCCCUCAUCAUGUGACAGGGGUUGUGUAACAGGCAGCAGCACUAUGGCAUUCCUGCUCUGGCACCCUGCUCUGGCACAUGGUAUAGUCCCCUUGGAGCUAUAGGUUUUAAAGACACAGACUUUAGAUUUCCUUUCUCCUGUGGUUGUAUGAGGAAUAUUACAUGAUAAAUCAACCCUCCUCCUGGAGAGCUAAUUGAAUGUGCAGGCUUUUUCUCCAUCCCAAAUCUUAACACACCUGUUAGCUUGUAUCAUUGAAUGUUCCGUUGUCUGAAUAUAUAUUUUUCCUCUGUCUGCAGCAUCAGGACAGUGAGAAGAGAAGCAGCCACCCUGCCACCAAGAGCAAGCCACGAGCACUGGAACCAGACAGGUGAUCACUAUUCCCUAUACAGUAUCUCACAGAAGUGAGUACACCUCUCACAUUUUUGUAAAUCUUUGAGUAUACCUUUUCAUGUGACAACACUGAAGAAAUGACACUUUGCUACAAUGUAAAGUAGUGAGUGUACAGCUUGUAUAACAGUGUACAUUUGCUGUCCCCUCAAAAUAACUCAACACACAGCCAUUAAUGUCUAAACCGCUGGCAACAAAAGUGAGUACACCCCUCAGUGAAAAUGUCUAAAUUGGGCCCAAAGUGUCAAUAUAUUGUGUGGCCACCAUCAUUUUCCAGCACUGCCUUAACCCUCUUGGGCAUGGAGUUCACCAGAGCUUCACAGGUUGCCACUGGAGUCCUCUUCCACUCCUCCAUGACGACAUCACGAAGCUGGUGGAUGUUAGAGACCUUGCACUCCUCCACCUUCCGUUUGAGGAUGCCCCACAGAUGCUCAAUAGGGUUUAGGUCUGGAGACAUGCUUGGCCAGUCCAUCACCUUUACCCUCAGCUUCUUUAGCAAGGCAGUGGUCGUCUUGGAGGUGUGUUUGGGGUCGUUAUCAUGUUGGAGUACUGCCCUGCGGCCCAGUCUCCGAAGGGAGGGGAUCAUGCUCUGCUUCAGUAAGUCACAGUACAUGUUGGCAUUCAUGGUUCCCUCAAUGAACUGUAGCUCCCCAUUGCCGGCAGCACUCAUGCAGCCCCAGACCAUGACACUCCCACCACCAUGCUUGACUGUAGGCAAGACACACUUAUCUUUGCACUCCUCACCUGGUUGCCGCCACACACGCUUGACACCAUCUGAACCAAAUAAGUUUCUUGGUCUCAUCAGACCACAGGACAUGGUUCCAGUAAUCCAUGUCCUUAGUCUGCUUGUCUUCAGCAAACUGUUUGCGGGCUUUCUUGUGCAUCAUCUUUAGAAGAGGCUUCCUUCUAGAACGACAGCCAUGCAGACCAAUUUGAUGCAAUGUGCGGCGUAUGGUCUGAGCACUGACAGGCUGACCCCCCACCCCUUCAACCUCUGCAGCAAUGCUGGCAGCACUCAUACGUCUAUUUCCCAAAGACAACCUCUGGAUAUGACGCUGAGCACGUGCACUCAACUUCUUUGGUCGACCAUGGCGAGUCCUGUUCUGAGUGGAACCUGUCCUGUUAAACCGCUGUAUGGUCUUGGCCACCGUGCUGCAGCUCAGUUUCAGGGUCUUGGCAAUCUUCUUAUAGCCCAGGCCAUCUUUAUGUAGAGCAACAAUUCUUUUUUUCAGAUCCUCAGAGAGUUCUUUGCCAUAAGGUGCCAUGUUGAACUUCCAGUGACCAGUAUGAGGAAGUGUGAGAGCGAUGACACCACAUUUAACACACCUGCUCCCCAUUCACACCUGAGACCUUGUAACACUAACGAGUCACAUGACACCGGGGAGGGAAAAUGGCUAAUUGGGCCCAAUUUGGACAUUUUCACUUAGGGGUGUACUCACUUUUGUUGCCAGCGGUUUAGACAUUAAUGGCUGUGUUGAGUUAUUUUGAGGGGACAGCAAAUGUACACUGUUAUACAAGCUGUACACUCACUACUUUACAUUGUAGCAAAGUGUCAUUUCUUCAGUGUUGUCACAUGAAAAGAUAUACUCAAAUAUUUAAAAAAAUGUGAGGGGUGUACUCACUUUUGUGAGAUACUGUAUAGUGCAUUAUUUUUGCCCAGGUCCCAUAGGCCUCUGGUCAAAAGUAGUGCUCAAUAUAGGGAAAUGGGUGCCAUUUGGGAUGUAUCCUAUAUCAAUAUUCAACCCUGACUUACGGUUGAAUCUGCUCAUCUGCUCAUAAUCUAUCAUGGCAAGAAGACAGUCAGUCACCCACCCAGUGAAUACAGUCAUUAUCACUCGCCUUCUAAAAUGGUCCUAACAUUGACUGACAGUUAAGAGACUUCCCUAUUCAGACAUACUGGCUCAACACUGAACCGGCUUGACCGUACAGUUUCUACGUUGUGAUAGGUGCCGAGCACGCAUCGCGCACUCAGACAAACGUGGCCAUGACAGGAAUGACGGGCUCGGGAAGCAAACGCUAAAACAUUGUGACUGAGUUCAGGAACCCCCACCCGCACCAUAGGGCCUGACAGAGAGGGCAUAGCAUUAUGCUAGCAUGCUAACAGCAGAGCUAGAGAUGGUUUAGCAUGUAAGCUGUUUUCCAUUUUUUUUUUAAGGUCACAAUUCCGGUCUGCAUAAGAGGUGGUUGCCAAGGCACCCAAUCCCCCAUCCCCCCUGCCUAGCUACCAGGCAGACGACUGCUACAGGCACUUUGAGAACUAGCAGAGACCUCAAAUAUAGUUGUUUUUCUCCCUAUUUACUUAUUAGAAACAUUUCUAUUUGGGCUAGAGGGUUUAGCAUUUCGCUAGCUAGCUUGCUAAAAACAGAGCUGUCUCCUCCUGCUACCAACUAAUCUGACAAGCCACAGGCCUAAAUUUCUCUUAUCCUCCCUCCUUUAUCCUUUAUGACUAACCCCUCGCCUGUCUAUCUCUCUCCUCCAGGGAAAAGGGGAAGAAAGGAGAGGGAAGAGCUGCCUACUUGACGAAUGGGAGCAUGGUGCCUCCGGCUUCUCAGCGAACGCGACAACCGACAGGGAAAGGUGGGAAUCUAUGGAGAUUAAUUUUCCCUGGCAGUCUUCUUCCUAUCCCAGUCGACUCUGAAACGCUAUCAAAUGCUCUGUGGAGAAAAAAGAUUGUGUUUUUGUUGUCUGGAUGAAAUGGAGGCUUACUGCUUGUAGUAACUUAAUUUUAUCAACAGAGAGCAGUGUUGUACAAGUUUAUAGGGCAUAGCUUUUUAGUCUUUUGAGUUACUUAUUUGAAUGCCUUAGCACACUCAUAUGCCUUCAAAUGUUUUAUUUGAUCUAAAUCAAAGCUUUGCAAUCAUAUUUAAUUAAAUCUAGUGUCAUUCAUGUUCAGGUUGUGUGUGUCCAGACGGCCGUCUAGACGGAGGCUUCAGUCAGGACGUGUACGGAGACACCUCAUCUGAGAGCUACAGCUCCCCCUCCAGCCCCCAGCACGACGGACCAGAGAGCCUGGACAGUGAGGACGAGAAGGACAAAGGUGACACGCACACCCACUCACACACACACCAUUAUUAGAGUUUGUGCUUGUUUAGGUUUUUGGACAGGAGCACUAAGACUUGUUCCCCUCGCUCUCUGUCUCCCUCUCGCUCUCUCUCACACAGAUACAGAUAGUCACUCAGACGACUCCAGCAGCCAGGGCAGAGCGGACGCUCUCUUCCCCUGCCAGGAGGUUGCAGGGGGGGGCUUGCCCACCAUCCACCCCCUGGCCUCUGCCAAGCCUGCUGGGGAGCACCUCUGCCCUGAGACCAUCCCCAACUUUCCCCCCAUCACCUUUAUGCACCCCCUGCCCUACAUGUUGCCCAAUGGAGCACUGCCCGCCGAUGCCUCUCUGCCAGUCCUGCCCCCUCCUCAGGUGGCAGCGGCCCUGGUAGACAACAAGGUUGUAGGAGGACUGAUCAUGCAGGUGCCCCUGGUCCUCCGAGAGCCCAUGCCCACCCCAGUGCCAGUUCCUGUGCCAGGGGACACAGAGAAGAGGGAUGCCCUUGCUGCAGUGCCCAUGGUGCUUCCAGGGUUUGGCUCCCCCGCCCUGGGCUUACACCCCCCUGGCAGCCCUGCCCUGCAGCCCCUGGUCCAGCGCUUCAAGACGGCCCCUCCUAAGGCCACUGCCACCUCUGAGGGUGUCACCGCCCCCCCUGCCCACCAGCCCCCGGUUGGAGCCAUCAGCGUCAUCGCUCCCGGCCCGCCCUAUGCCUCACCCCUGCAGCCGGCCUACCCCGACCCUGCCGCCACCCCCCUACCCCCCUCUGUACCCCUAGGGGAACCUAGCAUCCCUCACGCCAAGCACCCGGGCAUGGCUCUUCCCUCAGGCCUGCCCUCUCCAUACACCAUGCCCCCCAUCCCCACCUCCGUCAUGGCCACGCUGGGGGCAGGGGUAGCCGGAGUAGGGGUAGUGCCCACAGCUGGACAGGUUCAGGCGGUGGUGCCCCCGUCUGUGCCCACCCACAACCCCGGUCCUGCGCCCAGCCCCAGCCCUGCCCCUACCCACAGCACGGCACAGAGCGACUCCACCUCCUACAUCAACAGCACCAACUGUGCCAGUAACCUCGUCGCCCAGCAUCAAGCGCAACCACAACAACAGCAGCAACAACAACAGCAGCAGCAGCAGCAGGCGACCCCCCAGCAACAGCCCAUGUGCUGCGGGGCGUGCGGUUGCCGGGGAGGCUGCGGCACCAGCAACAACAGCCACACGGCGCCUUCAUUCUUCUUCCCCCACCAGAUGCCGCCGCGGCAGGUGUUCGGUGUGCCGCCCAUCUUCCAGCUGACGUCCCUGUGCAACAGCAGCUACCUCAGCCAGCCGCCCCUCCAGAGCAACGGCCAGGCCCAGCUGCCCUUCUUCCCAUCCGCCCCGGCCCCCUACGCCGGCCAGACCCUGCUGCACACACACCCCCACUCCCACUCUGACCACCUAUUGGGCACACAGCAAGGCUACAGCCUCCAGCAGAUGGCACCUUACAGCCGCUUCUACCCACACAUCUACCCCUCCAGUGUGGGCAUGGUGCCCGGGGCAGGAGGCGGAGGUGCCCUGGGGGUAGCAGUCAGCGUCAACAAGAAGAACGCCAACGUCUCGUGCUACAACUGUGGGGUCAGUGGCCACUACGCACAGGACUGCAAACAGCCCUCCAUUGACUCGACACAGCAAGGUAAUAGCGCCACCGCCAGGGGCAGGGUGGAGCGGGGAGGGGCGGCCGCUGGCCUCUUCGGACGGCCCCCUCCGCCCCCCCUGCAGCACUUCCCCCCCAAGUAG